GGAGGGUAUAUUCCCUCGUAGGGAUGUCCCCGUCCCACCUGUCCUUCAACCAAACGCGGGACGAAGUGGGAUCGUCCCGUCCCGUCCCACUUCGUCCUCGCAACCAAACGCACCCUAACUGUAGGGAGAGGGAGAAAGCUUAACGGGGGAGGCAAAGCAGCUCGUUGCAGCUGCCAUGGGGAUACCUUCUUUCUACAAGUGGCUCGUGACCAGAUACCCAAGCAUCGUCUCCCCCGCAAAGGAGGAACCAGAGGAGGGCAUCAUCUUCCACAACCUCUACCUCGACAUGAACUGCAUCAUCCAUCCUUGCUUCCACCCGCAGGACCAGAUGCACGCAGACGUAGACGUGUGCCCUCCGACAACGGUCAGCGAGGUGUUGGAGUCCAUGUUCGAGCACUUGGACCGCCUGUUCCGCAUCAUCAGGCCGACAAGGCUUCUCUACUUAGCCGUAGAUGGCGUUGUUCCAUGCGCCAAAAUGAAUCGAGUGCGACGGGGACGUUUCUACUCUGCCAUGCUAGCCACAAGUGAGGCACUUGAAGAGGAAAAAAUGCGGAGGGAAUUAAGAGAGCAAGGUAAGGAGGUGCCACCGCGAGAGAUUUCCGAGGUUUCUGACUCCAAUGUCAUCACACCAGGGACUGAGUUCAUGGAGAAGCUGUCACAAGCGCUCGAGUACUACACCCGUUACAAAUUGAAUACUGACCCCGGGUGGAAAGACAUUAUGGUCAUACUCUCUGAUGCAAAUGUGCCCGGAGAAGGAGAGCACAAGAUCAUGUCUUUCAUCCGUGCGCAACGCAGCAUGGAAGGCUAUGACCCCAACACUCGACACUGCUUGUAUGGGCAUGAUGCAGAUUUGAUAAUGCUUGCUUUGGCAUCUCACGAGGUCCACUUCUCUAUUUUGCGUGAGGGUGUGCUACUCCCAAAUCAGGCAGAAACCGAAGGGAAUUCGGAUAAACCAUAUCUGUUUUUGAACAUAUGGGUUCUGAGAGAGUACUUGGAGCUUGAUUUGAAGAUAUUGGACCCAAUUUGCGAGCCUGAUAUCGAGAGGCUAAUAGAUGACUUCAUCUUUAUUUGUUUCUUGAUGGGAAAUGAUUUCAUCCCACAUAUUCCAUCACUUGAGACGCAUGAGGGUGCAGUCCAUCUUCUUUUGGAAGUGUACAAAACAACCUUCAACAAAAUGGGAGGGUAUAUUGUCAACACAGAUAAAGUGAAAGAUAAACAUGGUGCAUAUCUAGAAGUCUCAAGGUUGGAAAUAUUUUUUCAUGAACUGUCCAUGUAUGAAGAGAAAAUUUUUCUCAAAAGAUAUGAGCUGAAGCAGGAUUUGUUGCAGAAACUAGAUGACCGCCUUUUUAAUGAAGACCGUCCAUAUGACAGAGUAAGACUGGGAUUACCGGGAUGGAAAUCCCGGUUCCACAGGGAAUAUUUUGGUGUGGAAACUUCUAAUGAAAUUGAAAAGCUGCAGAAUGACAUGGCUGAGAAGUAUUUAGAAGGACUUUGCUGGGUGUUUCAAUGCUAUUUUGCAGGCGUACCAUCAUGGAGCUGGUACUAUCCAUUCUACGUUGCUCCUUUCGUAUCUGAUCUCAAGGGUCUUGCUCGGUUUCAGAUAUCUUUCACUGUGGACAAACCACUACGACCAUUUGAUCAGCUCAUGGCAGUUUUGCCAUUACCAAGCUGGUGCGCUCUCCCAAAAUGUUACCACUGGAACUUUAUGGGACGUCGAGAAGAUGACUAUCCGAAGUUGCAGACUGACACGAACGGGAAACGUUUCUUGUGGAGUGGUAUCUCUGAGGAACUGCUGCUUUCUGCCACUGAAGCGGUAGAUGAGAAGCUGACGAUGGAUGAGGUGAGACGGAAUACUACUCGGCAAGACAAGGUCUUUCUGCACAGGAACUCAAACGCUCUGGCACAUAUCAAAGAAGUUGUUGUACAGACAACAUACUGUUCAGCGCAGAAGCUUCCGAUAGAUUCAGCUACGAGUGGAAUCGGGGGGUGGUUGUCGCCUGAUGACAAUGAUGGCUUGAGCAACAGUUUCUUUCCCUCGCCCAUAAAAAAUCUGCAGGACAUCACAAAUGAUCAGGCAAUAUCAGCCAUGUUCUUCAAUCCUGAGGUAGGGAAUCCAAUUACAAGGCUACUUAGCGAUGUCAGAGUACCUGAGAAGACUGUUUCGGGAGCUGACAUCUCAAAGAGGCCACUCUGGCACACGUACCCGGGCUCAAGGCCGCCACCGCCCAUCGUUCAGAGGCCGGAUUCUAUCUGGAAGCCGAGCACGCCGGUGACGCCGCGGGAAGAGCACAAGAACGCCGGAACGGGGUGGAUGGGGCGGGGCAGAGGGAAUAAUGCCAUUGCCGCCGCCCAGGCGAAGCUCGCCAGGAGCAGCAGCUACGGGCAUGGCACUGCCACCGACACGCCACGGAGCAGCAGCAGCAGCAGCUACAGCUAUAGGAAAGGUUUCCAUCGGGUGGACAUGCCGCAUAGCAGAGGAAGCAACAGCAGGUUUGACAACGAUGGGGGAGGUGCACCGUGGACUGGGGGAGGCGGCGGCGGCGACCAUGCCGCGAGUGCGCAGCCACGUCGUUGGUAGGAGUAGGACACUCGCAUUUCAGGGAUCAAAUAUAUUAUAUAUGUAUAUAAAGUUGUUCAUCUCACCGUAUACACGCAUUUUGUGCCCACUGGAUGUCUAGGUUUCCUUUUUGUGAAUGUACUGGAUAUUUUGAUGAACAACUGUACCCUGCAUGCAUGCAGCAAGCUAAGAUACAAUAAUCUCAACAAGUCAGGUGUUGAGUUCUUAUAAA